GUACAUAUAAAAGCGAUGGGCAAAAAAACAGAUGACAAGAUGUUAGCGUUGGUUGACUUGACUGAUCUGCUUAACCUGACUACUACUGUAUUUCUAAUUUCUCUCGUAGUGGCAUAAAUUGGCAAUCACAAACACUGAGAUCUCUUCUUCGUUUUCAUGAACAAUGGCGUCCUUCGUAGCAGCUCCUAUCUCUCUCUCAGGUGACUCUCAUGUCAAAGCACACUGUUUGUUGUCUACAAACCUUAAUCCGAUUCGCAAGAGCUCUACAUUGACUGUUAGAACAAAAUCGAACCGCAGUCACAAACUCUCGGUUUCUGCAGGCUACCGUGAAGGAAGCAGGGGCGGUGGAAGUAGUGAUUUUGUUACGGGUUGUCUUCUAGGAAGUGCUGUGUUUGGUACUUUGGCUUAUGUCUUUGCUCCACAGAUCCGAAGAUCGUUGCUGAACGAAAAUGAACAUGGUUUCAAGAAACCAGAGCAGCCGAUGUACUACGAUGAAGGCCUAGAGGAGAGAAGAGAAAUAUUGAAUGAGAAAAUCGGCCAACUGAAUUCAGCCAUAGACAAUGUUUCAUCGCGUCUGAGAGGUGGAAGCGGAAGCGGCAAGAACAGUUCUUCGCAGUCUGUCACCGUUGAAACCGACGCAGAAGCAGAAGCUACUGCAUGAUUGGAGUGAAGCUCUGUUUAACCAAUUGCAAGCUGCCAUUUCAUUUGUUUAUGAUUGGUUCUCUGUUUUUUUUGUUUGUUGAACCAUUCGAGAGGGCUUUUCUGUAGCUUUUUUUUUCAACUAUUAGAAAGAUCAAUCUUUUAUUAUCAAACUAUAUAAAAUAGUGUAAGCGAUUAGUGUUUUUUUUAGUA